UGGAAUGACCUGCUGUUGAGAUGGGACCCAAAGGACUUCGGGGGCAUUGAACUGGUCAGGGUCCCAAGCUCAAAGAUAUGGACGCCAGACAUUGUCCUUUAUAACUACGCAGACAUCCGUCUGAAGGAGCACCGGGACGCCAUGGUACUGGUGAACAACAACGGCACUGUCGAUUGGCUACCACAAGCCAUCUUCAAAUCCACAUGCAACAUUGAUAUAACUAACUUCCCGUUCGACAUUCAAGUCUGCAAAAUGAAAUUUGGCUCUUGGACUUACGACGGCUAUAAGUUGGAUGUCAACUUUUUAGACGAUAAAGAUGAAUUCGAAAUAUCCGACUACGUUCGCAGUAACGAAUGGGAAUUGUUAGAUUCCAGAGCAAAGAAGAAUGUGAAAUAUUAUUACGGACUGAUAGAACCAUAUCCAGAUUUGACAUUUUUUGUAAUCAUUCGAAGGGUGGCCGUCUUUUAUAACUACAUUCUGGUCCUACCAUGUGUCCUCCUAUCCUUCCUGACUCUUGUCAUCUUCUGGUUGCCACCUGAAUCGCCUGCAAAAGUUAUGCUGGGGAUGAGUGUCUUUGUAGCCUUCUUCGUCCUGCUUCUUCUCCUGGCUGACAGCACACCCCCAGCUGCUUGUUCCAUUCCUCUCAUCGGAGCUUACUUCUGUGCCAACAUGAUCCUCAUCACCCUCUCGACCUUCCUCGCGGUCAUCAUCAUUCAGAAUCACGUGAGAGGUGACAGGAAGAACAAAGUCCCAGCUUGGCUAAAAAUGAUCGCAAUUGAUGGCAUGGCGAGAGUCUUGUGCAUGUCUGAAUUCUUAGAGAAGGAGCAGCAGAAACAAUCAUCCAGCAGCAACGACACCAGCCACCAAAACGCCAAUCAGAUCUACAUGGUCGGCUGCAGUGCUGUCCUCGAAAACGACGUGAAAGAAAUUAGGAAAAUGUUGAAAGCGUACAUUACAAGAUUAGAUAACAAAGAUACCAGCGCUAAAUAUGCUAAAGAGUGGCGCUUAGUGGCUAGAGUUUUAGAUAGAAUAUUUUUCUACGCCUACAUAGGCACCAUCAUCGUCUCACUCUGCACCAUCUUC